AUGCAGCAUAUCAUAUAUAUUAUUUACUUCAUUUUAAUACACAAUAUUCAAAUUAUAAUUAGUAUUAAAUCAGAAGUAGAUUCUUAUCGAUAUUUACAACAAUUUGGUUAUACAUCUAAACUUGAAAGUCGACUAUUUUCUUCUAUUGCUGCUAAAUCAUCUGUGAAUGAUGGUAUUAAAAAAUUUCAACGUCUUUUUAAAUUACCAGAAACAGGUGAACUUGAUGCAAAAACUAAAAAAUUUAUGGAACGAGCACGAUGUGGAAAUCCUGAUUUAGGAAGUGUAGAAACAGUUGGACGUCCUGUCAAUCUUGAUAAAGCUAGUACUUCAGUGUCAGCUAAAGGACGUUCAGCAAAUGUUAAAGCACCUGCAAGUUAUGAAGCACAAAGUAUUAUAUGGCCGAAAAAACAUUUAAAAUGGUUUAUUGAAGAAUAUCCAAAAAAUCAAAAACUAAUAACAUCACAAGAUCAUACACGUCGUAUAAUAAAUCAAGCUUUUCAAGAUUGGGAAAAAUAUUCUGGUCUUACAUUUGAAAUGCUUAAUAAAAAAGAAGGAGCUGAUUUAAUAAUCAAAUUUCGUUCGAAUGAUCAUGGUGAUGGAUAUCCUUUCGAUGGUCAAGGUGCAACAUUAGCACAUGCUUUUUAUCCAAAAAGUGGUGAUAUACAUUUUGAUGAUGAUGAAAUUUUUACAGAUGAUUAUUCCGAAAAAGAUGAACAAUAUACAUUAAGAUUUGUUGCUGCACAUGAAAUUGGUCAUGCACUCGGUUUAGCACAUUCAUUUGAACCCAAUUCUCUUAUGUUUCCUGUUUAUCAACAAUUUCAAUCAGAUUAUGUUAUAUCACAUGAUGAUCAACAAGGUAUUCAAACAUUAUACGGUAAACCAGGUAGUGAAACAACUAUUAAACCAAUAAAAACAACAACUAAAUCAUCAAUAGUAACGACUCAUUCUACUAAUAUAUUACCAGCUAAUAAUUGGUGUUCGGAAGAUUUUCAAACAGGUUGUGAAGGUCCUGAUAAUAAUCUUUAUUUAUUUAAAGACAAUCUUGCAUGGAAAUAUAAUUCAAAAGGAAAACGCUCAUGGGAUCCACGUCCAAAAUUAAUCAAUGAAUUUUUUCCUACACUAAAUGAUACAACUAUUACAGCUUGUGUUAAAUCAGCAACUGGUUAUACAUAUUUAUUUCGUAAUUAUCGUCUGUGGAAAUUACGAAAUCAUUGGUCUGUUGAUGGACCACAUAUAAUAUAUGGUCACCAUUAUCCUCAAAAUCCUCGUGCUGCUUUAUUUCAUCAAAAUUCAAUUUAUUUAAUACGUAAUCGUUUAAUUUAUCGUUUGAAUGAAUUCGAUUAUCAUAAAGAUUUAGAAAUACUUACUAUUGAUACAAUUCUUAAACCACCGCCAAGUGAAUAUAUACACUCAGGCUUUACAUAUAAGAAACAACAUAUUAUUUUUACAAAACAUCAUGUUUAUGUUUACGAUGCGACAACUGGAAAUUUAAACUCAGGUUAUCCAAAAUCAAAAAUAAAUGGUUGGUUUGCAUGUGACGGAGCAUCACAAGCUCCGCACUUAAAAAAGAAAACAACAACAACAACAAAAAGAACAACAACAAUGGCUCAUCGCCGAGAUCAAGAACGAGAUGAUCAUCAUCAUCGUCAUAGAGAAGACGAUCAUCAUCAUCAUAGAGAAGAUGAUCACCAUCAUCAUAGACAAGACGAUCAUCACCAUCGUCAUAGAGAAGAUGAUCACCAUCAUUAUCGUCGUGAACAAGAUGAUCACCAUCAUCAUGAACACGGACGACCCCCUCCAAAACGACUACAUCAUUAUUAUCGCGAUGAAUAA